CACAAACACCCCAUUUGCUGCUUUGUCAGCCACUUCUCUCGCGCAUCUAGAAGCGUCAGUGGUCAUUUCUCGCAUAAGGCUGUGGGCCGUGGGCGGACACGAACCGAACCCUACCAACCUCUGUCCUCUACUCUAGCCCUCUAGCCCCUCGUUACUCGAGUCCUCGUCCUCGUAUCCCCAACGUCUUUCUCAUCCGAGGGGCAACGAAGGCCAAAAGAGGGACACCGAGAAAGAGGCUUAGUGGUGACCACAGACAAGGCUUGACCACAAACCACUACAUCCGUACUACUACUUGCCCACCGACCCCACCAUUUGAGAAACAUCAUCCGAAGCUGACCAGAGUCACUCUCGCCUCGUGUCGAGUCUUUCAGCGACCUGCUACUUAAGCCUGAGGGCAUCAACUCACCCACCUCAAUACCCUCUUUUGCUACGACCCGUCGACAACUUUCUCGCGACAACUACUUGGAACCCGUCAAAAUGCCUGAAGUCUACCGGGAGAGAGUAACUCGCGGUUAUGCAGGAAGAGAUCGCGAUGACUACUCGUCAGAUGAUGAGCGCUCUUCGCAUGGACACUCCAGAGCUGGCGGCUCAACUUAUCGCACGGUUCAACGUUACCGUGUAACUCCCGAUAGAGUGGAAGCAAUAGAUGACCAUCGUCAUUCCUCUCGACUUGAAAUAUCGCGACCGAACGAGCGCAUCGAAAUCGACCGUCGCACGGAAAUCGAUCGCUCAAGUCGAUCUCAUCUUGGAGACCGCUUGUUUGACGGACCGGAGAGACCACGAUCUGCGAUCGAUAUCCGACCAAGAAACACCUAUGUUGAGCGGGACCGGGUUGUCGAGCGCGAGCGCGAGCGAGAGCCUCUUCGAGAAUCUACAUAUACGGAACGAGAGCGUGUGAUUUCAAAAGAGAGAGAUUCCCCUCAUGAGUCAACCUAUAUCGAGAGAGAUCGCAUCGUCGAGAGAGAACGGGAUGCACCUCGCGAGACUGCUUACGUCCAGAGAGACCGCGUAGUAGAGAGAGAACGAGAUGCUCCCCGCGAAACCACAUACAUAGAACGCGAUCGUGUAGUUGAGCGAGAACGAGAGCCAUUCCGCGAGCCUGUUCGUGAGCGCGAGAGAACUACGGUGGUUGAAAGGGAUCGCCAACGCUCACCCGAAAAUGUGCGACCAUGGGAACGAGGAAAUAAGAGACCAUGGGAAGACGAACGCAAUAUUCGAGAGACCGAUGUCAGGAUCGAGAAACGAACUACCUCGCCACAAAAACCUUGGGAAUCUGAGCGUGACGUCCGAGAGACUGAUGUUAGAAUUGAGAAGCGUGUUGAACGUCGCGAAGAGCCAUAUGAGCUGGAGCGAGUACAAAGAGAAAUCGAAUACUACGAUCGCCCAGAUCCCCUUCCACAACCCAUCAUUAUUCGCCAAAGGGCUCCAGAACCUCAGCAAAUCAUUGUGCAAGAAGCCCCCACCCCUGCACCUAUAAUCAUUCCUCGCGAAGAGCCAACCGUUGAGGUUGUCCGCCGAACCGAGGUUUCGCAAGAAGUAGCUCGUCCAGAACCUAGAAGAGAAGAGGAAGAUUACUAUUAUCGUAAAGACGUUCGCACUGUCCCUUCGAGAGAGGAUGACUAUGCUUUGGCCAGAUAUGACCGACGUGAAAUCAGACCUCGUGAUUCUGUCAGCGAUUACAGUGAUGGCGAAGAUUAUGUUUAUAGAAGAAGAGUCAUCAGACGCCGGAGUCGAAGUUCAAGCGGCCACCGUAAGCGCCAUCUUGCCGAAGGGGCUCUGGCUGGAGCUGGAAUUGCUGCGCUGGUUGGCAAUCAUCGCGAAAAAUCUGGAAAUGGACCUGAGCAUCGUGGCCGAAAUGUGGUCGGAGGAGCUGCUCUUGGUGCCAUUGGAGCCGAAGUGGUUACAAGAGCACGAAGUCGAUAUCGCGAACACCGAAGCAGAAGUCGAUCCAGAUCAUCUAGCCGACAUUCACACACCAAAAUCAAGACUGCUCUUGGUGUUGCCGUAGCAGGAUUAGCUGCCGCUGCCGCUGCAAAGUAUGUUUCAAAUCGCAACACAGAAAGAGCCGAAAUGGGACGUGGCCGUAGUCGAACUCGAAGCAUAUCGAGACGUCGUGGUCGCGAUUCUAGUUAUGAUUCCGAAUACGAAACCCGCACAACGACAACAAGAAGCAAGAGCAAACAUACCGAUCCUAAACACCGGAAUGCGACAAUCGCAAAAGCUGGAGCAGCCACUGCGGCCGUUGCUGCUGUUGCUGAACAUAUUCGAAGCAGAUCACGCAAACGCAGUGGGUCGAGAUCCAAGUCACGCAUUCGAAAAGGUGCAGAAAUCGCGGGAGCUGGCUUAGCUGGGGCUGCUGUUGCUGGGCUCUACGAGCAACGCAAAGGCAAGAAUGAGGAAAAGGAGGUGGAACAUGAAGUUAGGAGAGAAGCACGAAGAAGAAGCAGGUCCGCGAGCGCCAGGUCCGUAGGAAGGUAUUCAGAUCCAGGCGUUGACCCCGAAUUAGGAAUGGUUCAAUACGGUACUGAACCCGUAUACACCCACCAAACGACGACAUACCGGGAGUAUGAUGAUGAUGAUCGCGGUCGCCAUUCGAGAAGCCGUCGAAGACGGUCAUCAAGCUCCGAUGAUCGACGCCGUUCAAAGAGUCGCAGUCGAAGUCGUAGUCGAGUUCGGGAUCUUGCUGGGGCAGCUGUUGGUACUGCGGCAGCUGCUAUUGGUGUCAAUCAGUAUAAGAAGCGAAAGGAAAAGAAGGAGGCGCAGCGCGAGAGGGAAAGAAGACGUGAGGAUCCCCGACAUUCAUCUCGUUCUCGGUCCCGUUCUUCAUCAUCCAUCAGGACUUCUUUAGGGAGGCGGCUGUCAAAUUUGAUUCCAAAGUGAUUAGCCGUGAUGUAGUUCGUGGGUAUAUAUUCAAUAUCUAUUUUUUUUAUAAUGCCUUUUCCCCUGCGAUACUAACGUCUUGCCUUUCAGGUUAUGAAGAAGAGGAUUCCCAAGACAACUAUUACGCUCGCGAUUAUCCUGAUGAUGGUUACACUCCUUCGCCACCCCAUGCUUCAGGCGGCUCAUAUUAUCCUGAACAAGCGUAUCCUGAAAAUCCAUAUCAUGAUAAUCAAGCUUAUCCGCCACCUGCUGGCUUUGCGCCUGGGUUCACUCAACAUCCUAAUACAACUGCUCCAAAUGUUUCUCAACCACCAAUUCCACCUUAUAAUCCUGCGGAUCAUGUUGGUCAACCUCCAGGUUAUCAGCAACCUCAUAAUAACUUUGGAUAUCCACCACCAGGGCCAGUCCCCAGAGCAGGUGACAAUGUGAGUUCAAGAGCUCAUCAGUCGUCUCCAGUCGAAACUCCCAUUUCAGGUGGUGCGACGAAUUUUCCAUCUUUUCCUCCACCCCCUACUGGUCCAUCUCCCGAAAGACCCAUGAAUGCGGAGGGUGCGUCUUGAGUCAUUUUUGUUUUUUCAGUUUGUUGCUUAAUUCUGCUAUUCCUUGUGCUUUUGCGUACUUGGACUUUUGAGAGGGAUAUUUACUAACAUUCCUUGAAGCACGUGUAAAUAGACGCAAAAUGUACACACCACCUUCCUCGCCAGAACAGUCCGACUCCGAAUCUGAUCGUCAAACCAAUAAAUCUGUCCAGUUUGCACCGCUUUCUCCAACUUCUGCCAGUCGCCUUUCCCUUAUCCGAAAAAAGCAAAAACAGCGUGAAAAUGAAUCUUCUCAAGCACUCACUCGUUCCAUCCCUGAAGGAGAACCUUCCGAUCAUGUAUAUGAUGAAGCCGAAUCUCCUCCUACUAGAUCUCGCCAUCGUCAUCGCUAUCGCCAUUCACGACGACGACGUAGGAAUAACUCUGACCCUUCUUCCAACCGACCAACUUCUACAAAUCGGCAUAGAAGGAGAUAUCGAAAUGCCAGUCGUAGUCCAUCACGAUCGAGUAGUGAGGAAACGGAGAUCCUACCUGAUCGAUUUGAUGACCAUGGGAGACUUAUUCAGCGAAGGGAUCUGGAGGCGGGGGGACAGAUGGAGAUGGUGGAGCGACUGGUUAAUGAUUUUGGGGAUGUGGUUGAGGGGAGGAAAUUGUGGAAGGAUAUGUUGAAGGAUGCUGUUCUUACUGCGCAGGCUGCGGCUGGUGAUGGUGGGAGGGGGAGGCGAUGAUUUCUUUUUUUUUCACUGGGUUUUUUUCCUUGGUUUCUUUCGUUGGUGAUGGUUUCUUUUACUUACUCAUUUCUUAAUACUUGUUUUUCUUUUUCUUUUCCUCUUUGCGGUGAUCUUCUUUUUCUUUGGUUGGGAUCCUCGGAUUCUUGGUGGACGAUGAUUUAGUUUUCUCCCCGUUUUCUUUCUUUCGGUUUUUUUUCUUUCGGUUUUUUUUAAUGAGAUGAUGGAUAUGAUGGAUGGAUGUGGUUGGUGGUAGGACAGCACAGGAUAGGAUAGGAUAGGAUAAGAGAAUCGUGGUUUUAACGGACGGAUGGAUGGAU